UCCCUCCCCUCCUCUUCAUCGGUCCGCGGGACGCAGCUGCAUCCUCCUCUUCUUCCUCCUCGAGCAUUUCCUUCUCCGUCUCGUCCGCUCGAGCUCAGCCGGGAGACUUUAAGGUGAAAAAUGGAGGCCCUGAAUCAGAAACUGAACACAUACUUCGACUCAUGGAUGGGUCCCAGAGAUAAGCGGGUGCAGGGAAUGCUCCUGCUCGACAAUUACCCACCAACCAUUGCACUCACAGUUGUGUACCUCCUGAUCGUGUGGAUGGGACCCAGGUACAUGAAACACAGACAGCCUUACUCCUGCAGAGGCCUCAUGGUGAUCUACAAUCUGGGCAUCACYCUUUUGUCCUUCUACAUGAGCUUCGAGCUUGUUACAACCGUGUGGUACGGUGGCUACAACUUCUUCUGCCAGAACACGUACAGCAAACCAGAAGUGGAUAAAAAGGUCAUCAAUGUCCUGUGGUGGUACUACUUCUCCAAGCUUCUCGAGUUCAUGGACACGUUUUUCUUCAUCUUGAGAAAGAACACCCACCAGGUCACGUUCCUUCACGUCUACCACCACGCCAGCAUGCUGAACAUCUGGUGGUUUGUCAUGAACUGGAUACCCUGUGGCCACUCGUACUUCGGUGCCUCCCUCAACAGCUUCGUCCACGUCGUGAUGUAUUCCUACUACGGCCUCUCGUCUGUCCCCGCCCUCCGGCCGUACCUCUGGUGGAAGAAGUACAUCACACAGCUGCAGCUGAUCCAAUUCUCUAUGACCAUUUGCCAGACAGCGCUUGCUGCCAUAUGGCCAUGUGGCUUCCCCAUAGGAUGGCUUUACUUCCAAAUCAGUUACAUGUUCUCCUUCAUCGUCCUUUUCUCAAACUUCUACAUUCAGACGUACAGAAAGCAGAGCGCUUCUCGAAGGAAGGAGCAGCAGCUCGGAUCUUCCGCCUCGACAAACGGCCACGCCAACGGGACGCCGUCGAUGGAGCGCGGCGCGGCCAAGAAGCUGAGGGUGGAUUGAUAUUUGAGAAACAUGCUCUCGCUGCUGGGAGGAGGGGUGUUUAUAUACUUGUAUCUGGGAUAGACCAGCACUUAAUUCAGAUAAAACAAGCCAUAAGCCACAUCCAGUAUCUCCAGAGACUUUGUCAUGUUGGGUUUUUUUUUCCACACAUUACUGCUGAUUGUUGAAUUAUUAAAUUAUUCUAAAUACAAGACAAGAGUUUUGUAGUGUUGUCCACACUGUAAUGUCCUCGUUGGCAUUUAGUGCUGCUUUGCACAGCAACAAUGUUGUUUGUUGGCAGAAACGUAAUAAGAAUUCAGUGAGAAUUAAGAAUAAACAGAAACUUUAUGUAAUUUUAAAAAUGGAUUUACURUAGGGUCUUAUUUAAUCUCACUCCUGCCUGUGCGGUUAGAUACUCUGUUUUAUCCUCUGGUGUAAAUAAUUGGCAGGGUGUAGCAAAGUUUUUUUUUUUUUUUAAAUAAGAAGUGUUUACAGAGCAGGAUCCAGCUUGAAUGUUUAGUCGGAUUAUGACCAAAGUAUCAUCGUUUAAGAAUAAGAAGGUUGUAUUUAUUUUCAGGAGUGUUGAAGCCACAGUGUGAGAGGAGAGGGGCAGGGUUUUCUGAAAUAAAAAUCUCAGUUUUGGUAUCAA